AUGGAUGCAGUAGAGAUUCUUCAAAGAUUGAAGGAAGUUGCCGAACAUUCCAAAGAGCUGGACUUCAAGCUCCAGGAAACACACAAGUCUCUGGAGUCCUGCGCAGAUGCCACCAUCGAAAUGGAGGCAAUAUCCGCCAAGAUUUCAAAAGUCUUUGCUCUGUACAGAGACCUUGUCGAUUUGUUGAAUAAAUACAGCACUUCUUAA